AUGGAGGGAGUAGGUUUAAUCAUUGGCCUAUCAGUUUCUAGUGGCCCAACUAUUCUAAUUUUGUUUCUUGCCUCAAAGAUAAUAGUACGCAAGCUUAAGCAUCAGAAGGAACAGAAGUUGAGACAAAAGUUCUUCAAUCAAAAUCGUGGACAAUUGUUGCAAAAAUUGGUAUCUCAUAGGUCAGAUAUUGCAGAGAGGAUGAUCAUCCCACUAAGGGAUCUAGAAAAGGCCACAAACAAGUUCCAUCCAACUCGUAAGCUUGGUGGUGGAGGGCAUGGUACCGUAUACAAAGGAAUUUUAUCAGACUUGCAUGUUGUUGCAAUCAAAAGGUCAAAUAUUGUGGUCAAGAGUGAGAUUAACGAGUUUAUAAAUGAAGUUUCCAUACUCUCACAGAUCAAUCAUAGGAACAUUGUAAAGCUUUUUGGAUGUUGUCUUGAGACAGAAGUCCCCUUGUUGGCUUAUGAGUUCAUUUCCAAUGGAACCCUAUGUGAUUAUCUUCACAAGAAACCACUAAGAUCAGUACCUUGGCGAGACAUAUUAAGGAUUGCAGUAGAAAUUGGCAAAGCCCUUUCUUACCUUCACUCGGGUAUUUCUGUCCCCGUAAUACACAGAGAUAUAAAGUCCACCAAUAUACUUCUUGAUGAUGCUUUGACAGCGAAGGUGUCUGACUUUGGAGCUUCAAGGUACAUUCCUAAAGAUAAAACAACAAUUACAACAGUGGUGCAGGGAACGUUGGGAUAUUUAGAUCCUAUGUACUUUUAUUGUGGCCGUCUAACAGAAAAAAGUGAUGUUUAUAGCUUUGGAGUUAUUCUCAUUGAGUUGCUUACAAGGAAGAUGCCAAUUAUAUAUAGAUCCUCCACUGGUGAUGGGCUAGUUGCACAAUUUGUUGAACUACUUGCAGAAGGUAAAUUGGUAGAAAUACUAGAUCCGCAAGUAAUUGAGGAGGGUGGUACCCAAGUUGAAGUGGUAGCUUCUCUAGCUAUGUCGUGCAUAAAGCUAAGAGCAGAGGAGCGACCAACUAUGAGGUCAGUGGAGAUGACACUAGAAGCACUUCAAGGACCCAAAGAACAUUUUCGGAUUCGGGAUGCAACAUACGAGGGGAGUUAUUCGGCAAUGAGAUAUACACCACCAGUAAGAAGGGCAAGCUUAGAGGACACGAGCAGGCAAUAUAGUCAAGAAGAAGAGUUUGUGUUGUCCGCAAGCUACCCUCGAUAG